AUGUAUCAUCUAAAAUUGCCUGCCCUGCUUCUUCUGCUAUUUGUGCUGCUGCAGUGUGUGACCAUGGCACCAAACAACAGGUUUUCCAUCUCCUCCACUGAACAGGUGGAUGAAAUGUUGGAUGGGAAAAGAUGGACGGCCCCGGGCUUGCCGAUUAACCCUUUCCUCCAAUUGGCAGGGUUGCGACCCGAGAGGGGACUCAACACAGUCAACAGCUUGCAGCACCACAUAGAGAAGAGAAAAUGCAACACGGCCACGUGUAUGACCCAGAGGCUGGCUGACUUCCUCAUUCGUUCCAGUAACACCAUUGGGACUGUCUACAUCCCCACUAACAUCGAUGCAAACACCUAUGGCAAGAGGGACAUGUUCCAAUCACCAAACUCACUGUCUCUUUAG